AUGUCAGACUACCCAGCGUUUGUGGACUCUAAGCCUCCAGUCAUCACCCUCGAAAAGUACGACGUUGCUCCUUGGGCCGGCACCACCUGUAUCGACUUUAGAAACAACGACUACGUAGUGGUUGUGAUGGAGACCCCCGAUAAGGUGGUGGCCAGGAUUGAUGCCAAGGACCACGAGGUGUUGCAACGGAUCUUCAGGAGUGCCCAUGCCACCCACGCUCAGCAAUCGAAGAAGUAG